AUGUAUUCCAAUCGCGAAUAUUAUGAAAUGGUGCGGUGUUACAUUUUAAGCGGUGAAAGUUUAAAUGCAGCUCGGAGACUGUACGAAGCAGAAGCCAUCCCAGCCCUGCAAAAUCAGGGACUAAUAAACCCCGCAGUACCUAGUCGCGAGACAUUUUUGGCUGUGAACCAAAGGCUAUUGGACUAUGGUCAAUUUACUACACCUGCUCAUGCUCGCGGAGGUGGAAGACCAAGACUUGCAGUAGAAGUCGAAGAUGAAAUCUUGGAUUUCUUCGAAAGGGACCCGCGAGCCAGUACACGAGAUGCCGCACGCCGAUUUAACGUAAGCCACUAUGCCGUGUGGAAGCUGCUGAACGUAACAGGGCUACACCCUUACCACUUUCAAAAGGUCCAUGCUCUACACGAUGGAGAUAAUGUGCCCCGUCGCACCUUUUGUGAACGGCUGAUUGCACACCCUAAUGCCAACAUUUUGUGGACCGACGAAGCAUUGUUUACUCGUGUGGGGCUUUAUAACCAUCAUAUAGAACACUGGUGGUCCUUCAGAAAUCCGCAUAUGAUUCGGGAAACCCACCAUCAAGUCCGCUUUAGUGCCAAUGUGUGGGCCGGUGUCAUAGGCACGAAAAUACUGGGGCCGUACUUCAUCGAAGGGCCGCUCACCGGCGGCAACUUCCUCGAUAUGCUGUGGCAUGUCAUUGCCGAUUUCACGGAGGACUUGCCCGUGGCCUACUUCCGGGAUUUUUAUUUUCAACUGGACAGAGCACCACCCCAUUACGCCGCCGCCGUCCAAGAUCAUCUCACCAUAGAAUAUGGUGAUCGAUGGAUUGGACGCGGAGGCCCCAUCGUGUGA